GUGCAAAGAGAUGCGUUCGAGCAUUGCACUCAACUUGAAAAGGUUGUUUUUAAUGAUAAAGUAA